AUGAUGAACACUCCCUCAAGCACCCCCGCCAAAACCCCCAUCUUCCUCCUGAAAACCAAAUCGACUCCCCACGACGGAUACGAAGAAUAUUUCUCCGCAUCCGGCCAGUAUGACCCCAUCUUCGUCCCGGUCCUCGAACACAGGUUUCGUGAGGCAAGUCUGCGGAGGGUGAGGGACCUGUUCGUCUCCGGGAAUAUAGGGAAGAAAUAUGGGGGGUUGAUAUUUACGAGUCAGAGAGCUAUGGAGGGGUUUGCGAGGGUUAUCACGAAUGAAGUGGGGGAAAACGCAUCUACAAAGGCCUCUGAAUCCCUACUCCUCUACAGCGUCGGACCCGCGACCUACCGCUCUCUGAAUACAUUACGCGAAUCACACCUCCCCCACUCUGAACUCGUAGGCCGCGAUGCGGGUACGGGCGAGAAACUCGCGCAUAUCAUCCUCGACCACUAUAAUGCCAAUUACGGCAAUAGAAGACCUACCACCGAUCCCGAAACAAAGGUAGAUGGUGAUGGCAGCGCAAAGACAAAAACGGGAGGGAGCAACGAUAACAAAUUACCCCUUUUAUUCCUCACGGGAGAGCAGCACCGAGAUAUCAUCCCCAAGACGCUCAUGGGGGACAAGCUUCCGCUGGAGAGGAGGAUACAGGUUGAGGAGUUGAUCGUCUAUGAGACGGGGGUUAUGGAGUCGUUUGAGGAUAUGUUCGCGGCUGCGCUGAGAGCUGCGCGGGCGAGGAGAAAGCUCGAGGGCAGGGGAGGAGGUGGUGCGAACGGGAGGGAAUGGAUAGGGAUGGGAUAUCCACAUCUAUGA